UCUCCAGGGAGACGCAGCGAUGGCGGCCGUGCAAGGGCUCUGCGAUGAAGUGACGUGCUCCGUCUGCCAGGACUACUUCAGAGACCCGGUGACUCUGGACUGCGGGCACAACUUUUGCCGCGCCUGCCUGGCGGGUCUCUGGGAAGGAUCCGGCCCCGACUCUCCCUCCUGCUGCCCGGAGUGCAAAGAAGCCGUGCAGCCCAGGAACUUCAAGCCCAACCGGCAACUAGCCAACGUCGCGGAGCUGCUCAAGAAACUCCAACAGGGAGAAGGGGGAGGAAGGCGCGCAUCAGGCGCGGGGCAGGGGCGCAUGUGCCAAGCGCACCAGGAGCCGCUGAAGCUCUUCUGCAAGGACGACGAAGCGCCCAUCUGCGUGGUGUGCGACAGGUCCAAGGAGCACCGAGAGCACCGCGUGUGUCCCAUGGAAGAGGCGUCCCAAGAGUACAAGGUAGGGAAGUCACCGCGGUUGGGUGGGUAUCUGCCGGGACCGGCGCCACGCAGUGGCGUAGCGUGGGCAGACAAAUCCAUCCUUUUUUCCUUCUUUUUUCUCUUCUCCACAGUGAACGUGACUCUGGAUCCCAGCACAGCGCAUGCCAACCUCAUCCUCUCCCAAGACCUGAAGAGAGUAAGAUGGGGAUGCAGGACGCAGGACCUGCCUGACAACCCUUCGCGAUUCGACUGGGAGCCCUUUGUGCUGGGCCAAGAGAGGCUCGCUUCGGGAAGACACUGGUGGGAGGUGGAAGUAGAAGAGGCGACGCCGCAGGCCCUGCGGACUUCGCAAGAACCGUCCGUCAGGAGGAAAGGAGAGUCUCGUCCAAAUGAAAGGCAAUGGGAGUUGAAAGAAAACAUGGAGAUCUGGACAGUGGGAGUUGCCAGAGAGUCCGUCGUGAGGAAAGGAAAGGUCAGUUUCAAUCCCAACGGGGGAAUCUGGGCUCUGGGCAAAGCCCUGCCAGACUCACUGAGGACGCCAUUGUCUCCUUAUCGGCUCACAGCGUUUACAUCCUCUGAGAGGACAAUCUUGAGCUUGAGAUACGAGCCCAGGAAGAUCCGGGUGUACCUGGAUUACGAAGGAGGGCGCGUGGAUUUCUUUGACGCUGAUACGGAUGACUUGAUAUUCACUUUCCCUUCAGCCUCGUUCUCCGGGGAGAGGAUCUGUCCCUUUUUGGGGUGUAUUGGGGAGUCAGACUGAGCUGCUGAAAUCUCAAAUUCCCCAGCAAAACCCAAUGGCCGAGUGGCAAAUUCUGAACUGUGAGUGCUUUGUGACCAGCCGCAUGUGAGGCAUAAAAGGGAAAUGGAUUUUUGACCAAUGCAGAUGUCGAGAGCAAGACAGCUUUCCUCCAUCACUCCUAUUCCUUGCUUUGCUUAACACCUACGUUCUGGUGGACUCAAAACCUUUUAUGAUUUUAUUGUCUGGUUUUAUAGGUUGCUGUAAACCACUGACAUUUUUUUAUGAUACAGCAGUAUAGAAGAAGAAGAAGAGUUUGGAUUUGAUACCCCGCUUUAUCA